AUGUCCUCUACACCAGCUGAAGAUCCUCAACAGCAACAGCAGCAACAGCUACUACCACCGCCCAUGUUUAUGGGCCAACAAGCUUAUUCUGAUCGUCCGGGUCACGGGUCGGUUGGACCCGUUAUCGCUGUACUAGCAGUAAUAGCUGUACUGGGAGCCAUCGCUGUGAUGAUAGGCAGGUUGUGUUCGGGUCGGAGGAUAAUGGGUCGGGGUCAGUACGACUUUGAAGGGUGGGUUGAAACCAAGUGCGCGUCUUGUAUCGAUGGCCGGGUCGACCCGAUGCCACGACCCCCCGUGACUGUAGCACCGCCGGUAGUGGUGGUAGAAAGCAGCAGCAGCGGUAGCCCCGAUGGUGCUGCGCCGGCGCCGGAGCCGGUGGAGACGAGAGAGGAAGAGGCAUCUAAUCAACAAAGAAAUUCACAUGAGCAUCAUCCACAUGAAAGAGCCGAGUCUUGA